AUGGACUUUGAUGAUCCCGAGCUUGAACGACUAGUACAGGGUGAUUGGGUCAAGGAUCACGAGAAUGGAUAUCACGAUAACAUGGUGUACACCGAUCAGAGCCAAGAGUUACAGAUCCGAACAUUGUGGAGUGGGAGCUGGACGAUCCAGGAAUCCGACAUCGAAGAUCCUGCAUUCUCGAGUAUGCGCGAGUGGAUCCUGCGAAUCUCGGACGGUGAGACCCAGAUUGGGAUGAUUUGUGCGUGA